AUGCCAAGUGGGUUGAGCAGGAAAAUCCCUUCAAAAUUGAGAAAACAAAUCGACCACGAUAAAUUCAAACAAUUUUACUUUGUUAUGGUGCCAAAUAGUAAACUAAACAAAACUAAAUGUAGAGAUGAAAUUAGUAGGAAUGAAGAAUAUACAGUAAUGGAUUUUAAUACAAUUCAGAGGUCAAAUAGUGAAAUGAUGUCAAGUAAAAUUAUUGAAUCUUUGUUUCAUUUUCAUGUUUCAGAGAAAACUGAUACAGAAAAUGAAACGAAUGGAAUGAAGGUUUCUAAUAGCGAAGGUAGUGUUUUGAAUACCAUUGUUCAUCCAAAGGAAAGUACGGACAGUAAUAAUGGUUGUAGAUAUAAUUUCCAAUCAAUGUGUUUCCCACAUUCAAUUUUGACUAAUCAACAAUCUGAAAAAAGAUCAGAAUCAUCAUCAUUACUAAAUUCAAAAUUAAUGCUCUCCUUAGAUUAUGAAGGAAUUGUUGAACUAUUAACUGAUGAACAAUCUCCAUAUUAUCAAAUGUUGAAAAAACCAAUAUUUUGGUAA